GGGGUGCGGUAGUGUCAUUGACAGUCUUGAUUGUUUUGUUCUCAUUCCUAAACCUCAUCGGAUAAACAUCAUUAUAACGGCGUGAAUAACAUGACCACCAUACCACCAUUUGUGAAUGAUCAGCCGGUACUGCAUCGGCGGGAGUUUGAGGAGCUAGAUAGUCGAAGAAGGUGUCAAUCUCAUCAUCCACCCAACACACCAAGGCAAACAUUCCAGGAUGACCCUAGAGUCAGACCACCUGGACCUAGAUGGCAAGGCCCUCCCGGUGACCCUGGGACUUGGUGGUCACGCCCUUCUGGCGACCCUGGAACCAGGCCCCGCCACACCGCUUACCCCAGAGCCAGGUUACGCCCCUCCGGUGACCCAAGGGCCAGACCACGCCCAGCCGGUGACCCCAUGGCCAGGUGGCCCCUCAUUGACGAUCCCACGACAAGACCUCAGGUGGAUGACUGCGAGCGGAUGGGGACCCUUUUCGGGCAGCUAAACAAGUGCCUGCGCAGCGCGGGCUUCACACAGAUGUACUUUGGGGAGAAGGUUGUGGAUCCUGUGAUCAUCAUCUUUUUCUGGGUCCUACUGUGGUUCCUGGGCAUCCAAGCUCUUGGGCUGGUGGGGACUCUGUGCAUUGUCAUCAUCUUCAUCCAGAAGUAACUCGAUCUCCAGCCUGUUUUAUUGGCAGUUGGGAGCUCCGGUGUCUACAAAUAAAAAGGACUUGAACUCCAAAUGAAAGGACUUGAACUCCCCGCUGUCUGUUCUGUUUGCAUUAAAAGGGCAAUCAGCAGUUACUUCUUACUUUUUUGGACUUGUAUAUUAAUGAUAUAUACCCAUUGAUUCUUGAAGAAUAUUAUGCCUCAUGAGUUUAGUUCAACUGUGGUACCCCAUCAGAACCCAAAAUAUA